AUGACGGAAAGUACAUUCCAGGCUAAUAUAUUGUUCGACUUCGCCGAAAUUCAGGCUCACGCACAAGCCUCGACAACAGCGAAUCGUUCCGCCAUCAAUGCGGAUAGUUACCGCCCAUCCUCUCGCGCGCCGAAAUCGAAAGUCAUCACUGGUCCCCCGAAGUCCCUUUAUCUUCCACGCUUGUGCUAUACCGAUGAUAUCGGAUCCUUCUUGAUUGUCAGACGAGAGUCACCACGGGAUACCUAUCAACCUGUGUUCACCUACGACGGCGCGGGGAAAGUGACCAUCGACACUCGCUGCUCACGUCCCUCUCGCAUGGUUGCCAUCAGGAAGUAUCCCAAACAGGACACGCGUUGGCUGAUCGGACGAUUUGGCGGCUUCAACAUAGAAAUGUACUUUCCUUGUUGGAGUGUUACCUCGAUGUUAAUUUCACUUUUUUCUGGUGGACGAUUUGAGGUUGACCCUCGGCCAUAUCAUAGCCUGCCCGAAAAUUCGUCCUGCCGAGUUCGAGCUCGGAUGUAUUAUGGUUCAAGUAGGUGA